GCUGGAGAAGCGGCCGCAGCCGCAGCCGCCUCGGAGCUCUGAGGAGCUGGAGGAUCUGCACAAGCUGCUGCACUUCCCCGAGGAGGUGGCGCUCAGGUUGACGGAGACCGAGUACCAGCUGUUCUACCAGGUACCUCCGCAAGAAUACCUAAGGCACGUGGUGCAAGAACUGAACACGCAGAACCCACCUGCCAGGCCACCCCCGUCGCCGAGUCGCAGCUACAACGCUCCUACCACCACCAACAACUCGACCCAGACCGAGGAAGAGUCGAACUGGCCUGUUCCCAACCUGUCCUCCUCCGUUCAAACGCUCAUCAAUCGUUUUAAUGAGGUAAGCUCAUGGGCCGCUCAAAUGAUACUAAACGGCUCAACAUUAGAAGAAAAACAGGCAGUUCUCUCAUGCUUGCUUCGAGUGGCGCAAACCUGUUGGAACAUCGGAAACUUUAACUCAGCCAUGGAAAUUAUCGGCGGCCUCAAAUCCAGCAAUCUGAAGCUUUUCUGGCAAGUUGUGAACGAGCCCCGGCCACUUUUGGACAGUCUGGCCUCCGCCUUUUUGUCUUCUGAAUAUGAGUACGCGCUCGCCCGCGCACUGGCAAUGCCGGAAUGCCCUGUGAUACCGUUCUUCGGACCUUUUCUCAAGGAAUUGCGGAACAUCAUCGCUGCCGAGUCCAAGCCUCAGGAGGAAAGCAAGGACUACCGUGAACCACCUCGCAACAGGGAUGCCGAUCCUGAGAACGUGUCGUCCGCGAGGCAAUUUACGAAAAUCGAGACUAUCGCUGAAUCGCCGUCGGAAUGCAACUCAAGAAACAGUUCCUUGGACCAACCUGAGAAGAGUACUCCAGUUCGUGAUGCAAACUCAGUCCUCGAGAAAGUCGCGGAAUUUCAUAAGCAUCGUCACGCGCGGGGCAAGGAUGCAACGACCAGUUCGCUUCAUCGCACCCUGAGCAUUCACACGACUGCGAUCGAGCAAACCUACAUGGUCGAAGAAUGCGACGAGAACGACUAUCACCUCGAUCUCGAUUCCUACAAACCGGUGCAACCGCUCCCGAUCGACCAUGGAGUUGCAUUAUUCCCCGUCGCUGCGUCGCACUCCGGAAUGGAUUUGCAUCUUCUGCAGGUGCUACAUCACGGUACAACGUUGGUCCACUGGGACAGCGAGGGUGGCACGACGAGAACCGCUUUGAUAUUCGCGCGAGUCGAUCGCGCUUGCGGCACGUUCGUUUGGGAGAAACCAGCAUGGAGCCCGCUAAAGACGGCUCAGAUAGGCAGCGGCUCAUCCGGAGACUUCUCGAUCUCUAACCCAGAGGACACGGUGCCAACCGGCUUACUAGCAAGGUAUACAACACAACAGUCGGAUUGCGCGUCCGUGACACUGGAAGAGGGAUUUUUAGAUCUCAGUUCCGUCAAGGAAGUUAUGAUCGGGUGCUGCGAUCGGGACAGAGAAACAGACCUCCGAAGCAUUUGCAAGAGGUACGGGCUACCGGGCUCCGACUCGUGUAUCGGCCUCAUGUACGGCUCAAGUCUGCCGGACAAUCGACUGAUGUUUCUGCUUUGCCCCCCUGCCCUCAGCAAAAUUUGGUACAUGGGUCUCUGCUGGAUUUUACGAGGCCUGAAACGACAGCAGCAAUUAACGGACCGUAGAUCCCGAUGGUUAAAAGAGAAGUAUCUCCAACUUUAUUUCGAGGAAGGCUGCCUGGAGCCGAUGACCGCGGACGCCAUUAGAGCUUUCGGCGGCCGUGAUUGGUCUGCAACCGAAACGAUCGGUACACUUUCGCCAACGAGUAGCACACUGCGGAAACGAAAAACAAAGAAAACGAAAUCCAUUAGCAAUAUUCAUGCGUUAACAAAGGAUUUGAGCCUAAAACAGUAUGAGACCUCGUCCUCGGACAGUGGCUUAUCAGCCACCCCACUUCGCCAGAUUACGGGCAGCAGAGAAAGCCUGACGAGAAUCAUACCAGCAUCCCCACGGUCUAGCAGAGAUCGAAUACUCCCGCGCAGUCCGCCUGGUUCAUACCAACGAACUAUAACUUCUAACUUACCUUACUCCGGCUUUCACAGCCUGUUAUGCGUCGACAGGGACAGGGAUAAGAAUGGGUCCGGCAUGUCAGGUGGAUUGGAGACACCUUUCCAAGUGAAAGCACGCACAAGUUCCAUAAUGAACGAUACCCAGUUAAACUUCGUCGAAUUCGUCGCACUGUUUCGCUCAUUCAGCCUAAGAGCCCGAAAGGAUUUGCGCGACCUAUUUGGCCAAUUGGCGAUCACCUGUCGCAGCCAGAGCGACGGUUCUUUGGGCGACUUCAAUAUACGGCCGACCGUGCUACGACAGACCAGUGACGCAACGCCUCAACGAAUCGGUCUCCUGACGCGGAACAAUUCUAUCGACUGUCACGAAUACAAAACCAGCCGCAAUCUGCAGAAGAAACAAGUUUUCGAUGCAGUGGCAGCCGCCAGUAUUGUCAACAAUUGUUCCGGCGUUGAUACAUCGAAAUCACAGGUCAUCACGUUGGCAACGUUCACGAAAUUUUUGGAAUCACGGCAACAGGAGAAGUUAACGGACGAGGAAGUCAAGGCGUUGGUUAAGCGACACGAACCGGACCCAGCGCUGCGUACACAAUGGAGUUUGUCUUUCGAGGGCUUUGCACGGUACAUGAUGGACAAGGACAAUUAUGCUUUCCCAAACGAGUACGCGACACCGUCCGAGAUUGAAAUGCAACAGCCAUUGUCCCAGUAUUACAUCGCUAGCUCGCAUAACACUUAUCUGACCGGCCAUCAACUUAAAGGGGAAUCUUCGGUGCAACUUUAUUCUCAAGUACUGCUGACGGGGUGUCGUUGUGUAGAACUCGAUUGCUGGGACGGCGAUGAUGGGUCUCCAGUUAUUUACCAUGGGCACACCUUCACCACCAAGAUACCAUUUCGCUCGGUCGUAGAAGCAAUUGACAGAAGUGCUUUUGUCAGUUCCCCAUAUCCUGUGAUUCUCUCCAUCGAGAAUCAUUGCUCCCAGAGUCAACAAGCUCGGAUGGCCCAAAUCUUUCAAUCGGUUUUCGGUGACAAGCUCGUAACAAAAUUCCUGUUUGAGACGGAUUUCAGCGAUGAUCCCCAGCUACCUUCGCCGUCGCAGUUGCGACACCGAAUAUUGAUCAAAAACAAGAAACUGAUAGUGGAUCCUGCCGGUCCUCUGCCACACGCUCCCUUGGGUCACCGCGGAAAGAUGCUGUCCGAUCGUGCAUCAUCUAUGAAGCAGAUGCGUACUGACGUAAGCGCUGCUUCCGUCGUUGAAUAUUUCAGCGAGGACGAUGACGACGAAGAUGACGACGACGAGGAUGACAAUAUCGACGAUAACUCGAUCUCCAGUUACGAAAGAUACUUGGGUGGAACGCAGGUAUCUCAUAGUAGAUUAAAGUCAGAUUCCGCGGUCGACGACAAGUCUCAGAAGCAAAGUAGCCAAAUUGCUAAGGAACUUUCGGACUUGGUAAUAUACUUGCAAGCCAUCAAAUUCCGUGGAUUAAACACGACGCCGGGAACCACAGCAAUCGGAAAAGCGCGUCACCAACCACACACAGGACCCGUGCAGAGGCAUAGUAUCGCUGGCAUAGGAACGACUAGCAUACCUGGCACUUCUGGAUCACCGCAGUCGCUGUCAACGUCGGCUUCACUUGCAAGCGGUAGCAGUAAUAUCGACAAUCUCUUCAGAAUCAACCGCGGAGUACCUGCCUGUUUCCAAUGCUCCUCUUUGAACGAAAGCACAGCGAAGAAGAUCUGCAGAAAACAACCUUUGGGCGUUCUCGCGCACUCGGAGACCCAGCUAAUUCGAACAUAUCCAGCCGGAAUGCGUAUCGAUUCCACAAAUUUUAAUCCUGUAAUCUUCUGGGCGUUUGGGAUCCAAAUGGUGGCGCUAAAUUACCAGACCGACGAUGCUGGAUUAAACCUGAACGCCGCUAUGUUUGAGCAAACUGGACAAUGCGGAUACGUUAGAAAGCCUUCUGUGAUGUGGGAUAAGGGACACAUGAUGUACAGACGUUUCAAUCCAUGGGACAAGGAAUUCGACGGACUGCACUCGGUGCACUUGACGCUGUCAAUAGUUUCCGGCCAGUACGUUUCCCCAACAAAUUUCGUUGCGAGCACGUACGUCGAGAUCGAGUUGGUAGGCAUACCAAGCGACUGCGCGAAACAUAAAACGAAAGUGGUGCAGAACAACGCACUGAAUCCAAUCUGGAACGAACGGCUCUGCUUCCAAGUGAUGUUCAAGGACCUGGCCUUCCUUCGUUUCGGCGUGGUAGAGGCGAAUUCCCAUCACUUGAUCGCGCAGAAGGUGAUACCGUUGAAAUGCUUGAGACCCGGGUACAGACAUGUGCGUCUGCGCUCCUGCAAGAACAAACCGUUAGCCCUGUCGACGCUGUUCAUAUAUUCCCGCCUCGAAGAAGAGAGUCUAGACUACAACACCUGCUGCCGUGACCACAAGGAACCGUCGAAGCGUUCUUUGACAGGAAAGGAACCAGAGAAACUAACCACCGUGGAUCCUGGUUUAGGCGGCGUAACAUUGAAAAGGAGGAUGUUCUUCUUGAUGGUAUACCACGUGGUACCUAACGAGCAGUACACCAUUUUAAAAGUCACCCAAGAGAGCACCACCCAAGAGGUAAUGCUCCAAGCGCUUCAGAAGGCUGGAAUAUCCGCGGACAGGGUUGACGAGUACAUCCUCGUUGAGGAGGUGUCUCGUGGCUGGGAGAAGAAGGACAAGGAAGAGCUACCGACACAACGAGUACUAGACCCAACAGAGCGUCCUCUGCAAGCGCAGGCAUCGUGGAAGGGGCAGGGACGCUUUUUGUUCAAGAGAGUGGGCGACGACCCAAGUACUAGAGCCUGGCUAGCUUCCAUCAGAAGUACCGCGGGCCACUCGAAGUUGGACUCGGAAAGAGAUACAUCUACGCAUAUAUGGGACGAAACCGACACCUUCUUGGUCUGCAUCUACAACGUGUCACCAGACAUACCGUACGCGAUUCUGCGUGUCCGAGUGAGCAGUUCAGCUCAAGAUGUCCUAGCGCAAGCACUAGUCAAAGCAAGACGAAUGGAGGAUCCUACAAAAUUUGCUUUAGUAGAGGAGCUGGAGUGGGGUGGAACUGGUGCUGUCGGUAGCGGUAACCGUCAGUUGAGGGUCCUGCGCGAUGACGAGAACGUGUACAGCACGCAAGCCUCCUGGAAGACACUUGGAAGAUUCAUUUUGAGGGAGCGGGAGCAAGCGAUACCCAGGCGACAUCUGCUACCGGCUACCUUGGACAGGCUCAGCAAGGGUUUCUCUGUGGGAAGAUCGGUCUCCUUGCCGGGUUCCAGCAAGGAGAAGGCGCCUGUUGCGGAAGCCUUAUCCGAUCCCACCUCCAGGGGACCUAGACACCGUUUGCUGACCCCUGGCCGCAGGAGGGAGGUCCAUUCCGACGGCGAGGAUACCCGCGAGUCCGACAUUGUGAACGCUGCGCUUCACUUGAAGAAACUGUCGAUUAGGAAAUUGCGAGUUUGGAAGUCAUAGUGGCAGUCCCGGGCGACGUCGAUUUCAUCGAUCUUCGCCACUCGGAGAAAUGAGUCGUAAGUUGUACCGUUAGAUCGUUGCAUUUCAGGCGAGCCGGUUGAGUUUCGGCUUGACCAGGCUCGCCAACGGCGAUACGUACUCGAUGAAUCUCGGUGCUCGCUCUCGCAGCGGUGACCGAACAGCAUUGAAACGCUGUCACGCAGUUCUAAAGCAGACGCCUAAUUGUACCUCACGACGAUACUUGAACACGCACGAUCUGAAUCCUCGAAUUAUUGCUCGGAGACGGACCGGUUUAGACGAAUUUUAUGAUCGGUGUGGACGGAGUUUGAUUGGACGUGGUGUAACGUCGCUCGUAUGCGACGGUUCGAUUUUAUUUGAGUGGCACGAAAUCAGCCGAGUUACGUUCGAGCAAUCCUGUCGAUUGAAAUGAAAUUUUUUGACGUUUCAUUUGUGUACCACUUGGUCAACACGGUUCGUUGAAUUGGAAAAUUGACCCUGAUACGGAUUGCUUUUUGGGUUCUUUACGGUCUUGUGGCUUUGCUUUAACUGGUGUACCGUUAGACAAAUCGUGUGACAGCCAGGAAGAAACAUUUUGUGCCAAAUUGUCAGGAUUCAUUUCAUUCAGUUAAUUUCAUUUCGUGGAGAACUUCAGAGAAAUUUAGUGCAGAAAAGUUAAUUUUGAUAAUUUCAUUAAGUGGAAACUGAUUCCUUGAAUUUUUUUCUGAAGAAAAGAUACUUAUACUUUAAGUAUUUAAAUUUUCUUACUCGUCGUAUCUGUAUUACAAAAAUUCAAAGAGUUCAGUAAACUGUUUUAAUUAUGAUCGUAGCAGGGUCAAGUUAACGCGCAAUGGUGUCUGCAAGUACACAUAAUUUCGAUUGGUUUGUCGCACGCGAUGAGCGAGUUUUGCAGCAGCAAGUGUAAGCAUCAUUAAUUUUGAAACCGGAAAACUUUUCUAGUCACUGAAACAGCGUGUGAACACGCGAAUUAUGAUCUUCAUGGAAACGUAGUUCCUCCGAGGACACGCAGAGCUACCGAAUUCGGCGCUUCCCAAGCAUUUUCCAAAGAAUACUCAGAAAUAUUUUUUAAUCGCAACAUUCUGUUCAACCGAUUAGUUUAUUGGGUUUCUAGAUCGACAUAAUCCUGUUUUCCAUAUUUUUGUAUACGCGUGUACAUAUUUUUAAUCUAAACUAUAUAUUUUAAUAUGUGUAUAUAUUUACAUUUAACGGAUACAUUGUAUUUAAAACAAGGAAGAAAGAAGAGUAACAGAAAUUCUAUAACGCCGUGACAUCGCAGAUAGGCUUCGUUCGAUUCAUCACGAUUUUGGAAACUGUCACUAGAAAGAGAAAUGAAUCGGUUCAUUUCAGAGAUGAAGCCAUUGUAUCGAUUUCCAAAUAUCAAUGUAACUUACACCGGGACCUGAUUCUUUUUUAUAAGCAUUUACUUACCCCCCUCCCCCUCAAGUCAUUAACGCUUGCACUUUGAGUACCUGACUCAUCCGUGAACGUUCUCUUUUAUUCACUUAAUAUUCUAUAGUGUUUUUACAUGUGCAACGUCAUCGUGCAGUCUACCGUCGAUUAUACAAGAGAAUUUUCAUGUAUCCCCAAAAGAUUAAAUGACACUGCAGAAAAGAAGAAAAUCGAAAAUUACAAAUUUACGUAAUUCAGAAUCAAAGUUGCAAAAUACAUUUGUACCCUUUCUGGGAGGUUACGAGUGAAAAUACAUUUUCAGAAGUUGUAUAUAUUUUACGUGCAAAGUGCGAAAACAAAUUACCAACGCUUUAAACGUUUUGUAACAUAUUGAACAAAAUAUCAGUUCUUCAUUCUUUUUUACCUAUCUUUCCACGAUUUUUCAUAUCUGUUCGAAUUGCUAUAUUAACUCUCGCUAUACUUCGCAGACAAUAACAAUUGCCCUUUAUAUUUUAAUCUACCUCAUUGUUUUUUACUCGCUACAAAAGUACAGAUAUACAAUAUUUCCAUUUAAAGAAUAUUUUCUUCGAAAUAAAACAGGCUGCACGAUCUUCCGUUCAUUUCUACGAAAACUAUCGCGAAAAAAGAAAAAGGAAGAAUGACACAGAUCAAUAAAGUUUCAAUACAUCACGAAUGACGGAGUAUACCACUUCUUCCACGAAUUUCUUUCUUUUGCUAUAAUGAUUUAUCGUGAAGUAUCAGUUCGAUACUCGAUUAUAUAAUUCGAUCAACAUCCCCCUUUCGGCGUAGAGCGAAAGAUAACCAUAGGAAUAUCGCGUAGAAUAACGAAGCAGAAAACGAUUCAGUGAUCGUUCACGCUCGAAUGACAAAUGAAGACGUCUAGUCAAGCUCUAUCAUCGAUGUAUCUGUUAGAGAUACGCUCGAAUCGAGGUGUACUCAAAAUGAUUUUAUAGGUGCGACGCUUCUAAACACGACUCGUCCGCGAUUAAACGACUGCAUUCUAACAAAAAAACGAAAAAAGAACGGAACAGAAAAAAGAAAAAUGAUUCACCGUAGGACAAAGUUCUCGAGAUUGUAACGAGACAAAUUGACGUUACUUAUUGCUGCGAGUCUUUGUUAAAAAAUGAGAAAGAAAGGAAGAGAACAAAAAAUAACGCAGUAACGAAAACAAAAAAAAUACAGUAUUAUUUCUAUGCCGCCGACAAAUUGCGUUAUUUUCGGUCGGCGUAACGAUCAUGCUAGUCAAGGAAUCGCUCUCGGUCGCGAAAGUAAGCCACGGUGGUUGCAAUCAGAGUUUACUGGCGGAUCGCGAUCAUUUAACCGCUCAAGAUCGUCAAGGAGCAACCAUCGCCAUUAUUCGUCGUUUGAAUAGCCCGCCGAUUCUACUAUUCUAAUUGUAAGUAGAAUAAAUUAUGCCUGGUAAGUGGUUCAGAGUAGUUCUUGAGCGGUUAUUUGUAUUUUCAUCCUAUCUUUCACUGCGCAUCGUCUUCGUCAAUAGCUCGGAGACCACGUAUAAAAUUGUCGAUCCCCAGCUAAUGGCCAAUAGCAUAGAGAAUUAAAUCGCUAGUCGACAAACAUUCUAUCAUCACGGAGAUCUGUUUUAUUAUUUAAUUGUUACGAGAAUGCAGUGCGGGCAAUAUUUGUAAAUAUAUAUUACAUUGUCUUCUCUGUUGCUAUAUGUAACCAAAUACAGUGUUCUCCCCAUAACUACGAGCUCCGGCGACCCCGUUAGCGUCUCGUUUCUAUCAUCACCGUCUCUCGUUGCGUUGCUCAGUAAAUGGCAGGUCUUCGUGAAAGGGGAACGGCGACGAACGUCAGCCAACGAGGACGAAGACAGAACAGCCUCCACCACUCCCGAGCGUCUAACCGAACCUCCCGAGUUUCGCGAUGUUAUGGGGAGAAUACUGUAUACGAUUAAUGAGAAUUCUUAUCACGCGUGGAGUCUUGCUACUUACGAGGGAACGUUCGACGCUUGUACCACCGAUUCUUACGGAAUAUUAUCCCCACCUCGUAUUUUUACGAAUGCCAGUACAAUCAUGUACUGGACGUGUUAAGUGCAUUGUUCAAUAUUUUACGAAGGAAUCUUUAACGUUGCUAGAAAAUAUUUUUAUUUUUGUUGAUACCUCUUAUUGUUAGUUUUCUUAGUUUUAUAGUGGAGACAUGUUAGUUCUUUCGCGAUGAAAGUAUAUGCCACAGCAGAUCUCAGUGUUAAUAGAAAAAUAAUAUAUUACAAAAACACUUAAUUGGAAUAAAUGGCACUGAUGUCUAGGCAAUUCAAAAUUAACAGUAUGAUUUUAUUCGUAACGCUUAAUCUUCAGAACAUUAAAAUUCAUAACACUACUGAAUGAAUCAACAAUUAAUUAUCAGUAACGUCUUGAAAAAUUAAGUUCAGUAAUUACCCUCUAACAUCUGAGGAUAUUUAACUACGCAUAGAAUAAACAACAAAAAAGCUUUCGAGUCUUUUAAGCGUCAACAAGAACAAAGUAAACUCAUACGUCCAAAGGAAACACUGCGCAAGUAGUGAAUUCAAUUUCUAUCAAAAAAUUAUUGAGCAGUGUACUAUAGACAUUUCUCGCAAUUGUUAUUCGUAAUAUUAAACACGAAAAUUGGCGGGCCGCGUCGGCGGCUCAAGCGUCCCGCGCUCCCUCCGUUGCAAAUCAUAUUUAUUAUAUAUUGUUGAUACUGAAAUGAAGAUGAAAAAAGAAAUAGUAGAUCCAUGUUCCUUUUACAAUCGUUGCCCCCUUACCCACCCUCGCCCCCCUUCAAAACUGUUAAGGCGCAAAUACUUUAUUGUAAACGCGAGACCAAGGAGCGUCGGCCGUUCUUCAUUUUCCGAGCAUCAUUCCAAUUGCUUCAGAGACGCCAUUAUUAUACACUGUAACGUCGCUCGGUUUCGGCGCACCGACCGAGACCGCCAAGCCUAACUUUUCUCACUGUAUAAUUCUAUGUAUAGACGCAAAUAUUAGCGGGGAAUAUUAAAUACGAAGUCUUUCUACCGUGGGCCGAAGACGCCGCGAACACGACGCUUUGCCCUUCGUCUUCCAUUCACUAGCAUAUUCUAACGUAUUUUAUACUUUCGAUGAGCCACGACUGACAAUUUCCGAGGUACUCGUACACGCGAUCUUCCCUCUAACUGCGCGUCUGACACGCUCGAAUCCUAGGAACGACGGGAACCGAUCUAUCACUGCUUCGUCCAGCACCAGGCCAACUUUCCACGGGGAUCGAUUUCGCUUGAUUGAUGUGCUUGAUGACAGAUUUCGCCGCUAAGACUUAAUUGUUCCAAUGGAAACGCGCUAGACAGAAGGUAAUAACAAACGAGACAACUGAAUAUCUUAAAAUAGCGCGUUACGACUGUUGUUCCAAGGAUUCCGGCGAUCGCUGCGGCGUGAACGGAGAACACGCACACACAUAUACAAACACACAGACACAAUUUCUUUGGUGAACUUCGCGGCGCCUCCGUGCACCCUAAUAUAUUUUUGGACACCACUUCCUUAGUAUAACUAUCUCCCAUUACUUCGAGUAUACACGAUAAGUAUAAUGACUUUCAAUGACAUAUCUCGGGGCAGAUCGCAAAUCCGAACGGAUCAGAUGAAAGUAAGCAAAAGCUGCUGACCUGUUACGUUUCUACGAACAAGAUGUGCUCGAAAGCGGCGUUCAAAUGAUUUUGUAGAAUCUCGGAUCCUUGGUAUCCGGUUGAUCUGAUUUCCGACGGUUUUGUUCGACUUCACUUUAAACAUAUUGUUUCCGCGAGCGCGAUGGAACGCGAAACCGACUUUCCGAGUGCAUCUUCCGUCAUAUCCGUGGGUGGUACAGAUAUCAUUCUAGAUUUAUACACGAAAUGUAACGGAUACUGUUCUCGCGUCGAGGAGGAAUGGAAAUCAGGUUCAGCGACAAAUAAAUCGUUUCUUUCAUCCGGAAGUGUGGAGUUGCAGGAGUUUCUCAAAGUUAUUCGAAACACCUUUGCAUAGAUAUUGUUAUAUAGACACGCGUAUGCGCAGGUAACGAAGUUUCGAAGCGUAUCAAUACAUGUACAACAAACACACGUAUACUUGUAACAUUUAUACACGAGGUUUCUGUGUUUUUAAUCAUUUUUCGUCCGUUGUUUCGCUAUAUUUCUAUUCGUUUGGGUACUGACACCUUAUCAGAUGGACGUGAUAAGAGUGACAUUUCAUAGUAAAUCGCUGCAGAGGAACGGAAGUCGUGUACAUAGACGAACAAUGGCUACUAAUAACGCUAACCGAUCGUUACAAUUAAUUUCGAUGCUCCUUGGGUCUCGAGACUAAACCCCCGCAUCGAGAGUAUCAUCGACUACAACGGACGUCUCUCGAUUCUUAGAACGGAAAUGUACACGGGACAAGCAGCUCGCGAACGCGGACUGCUAUUUGUUAAGAAAAUCUUCGGAAGCAUUCGCGUCGCUACGCGGACACGGGGCAAAACGAUUAAAACCAGCGGCCGUGUCGGUGAACAAUUACGAGCCUCGACGUUUCUCGCGCAAACCGCUGGGAGAAUGUUCUCACUUAGCACGAUUUUAGCCCGACGUCGAGUACGAUUCUCGAAAACCCUUUCUCUUCACCUUUCUUCACUUUCGAGUUUCAUUUACGUCAACUGUAACGGCGCUUAUGCUUGAAAAGAAAUCCUUCUUCGCGACGGACUCUCCGAAAGAAAAGUUUGUUGAACAUAUUUAUAAGACGAAACCAACGUCGUGCUCCAUCAAAAAAAAAAGAAUGAAAGAAAGAGAAACAACUAUAUGUACUUCUUAAAACUUUUGGGACCAUUCUCAUUAAGCACACUUUCGAGCGAGCUCUCCGGAGCCACUUCAACGCGAACGAUCCAGUAUUAAGUUUUUCUUCGUCGAUAAAACGGAAAAAAACA